AAUUAAUUUCUUGAAAUACCAAAUAAAACUGUUGGGGGUGUUACUAAAUACUCCACGCGCGGACUAAAUAAGGGCGCGCUCAAUCGGUAACGUGCUCCGGACGAACGCCACUACGAAGUAUUUAAAGGCAUGAAACUCCCCAUUGAGGGGGACUUCUCCUCUCUCCUCACUUUUCCACUUUCUACUAUCUCUCUACACUUUAUCUCUCUAUCUAUUCUCUCAACUCUCUCCACAAACUUACACUAACUUGAUCGUCGGAGCUUAAUCCGGGGGGCAACCCCGGCACUUUUCACAGGUUUCUUCCCUCCCGACGAGAUCAGACGAACGGAUCAUGAGUCAACCCCACACCAACAAUCAUUAUUGUUCAUACCUCGAGCUAGUAGGUUCAAACAAUUGGCGCCCACCGUGGGGCUGAUUUGGAUUCGUUCGUUCGUUCGCGGAAGGAGAGAGGACUAAAGAGGAGCCACCGCACCACCUCCGAGCCAGCAGCUCCCAGCCGGGAGAGGUCGUCCUCCAUGGAUGUACGUUUUUGUUUCUUCUUCGAGGGGGAAGGAUCUCCCACUACUCCAGCUGGGACUGGGAGAGAUUGAAAUAAAAGCUCCCACAGAUUCCGACCGCCGGAGAAAGGGGCGGCACCGGCGACCUGACGAAAAAGAAAGAAGAGCCACUCUCCAGUCAACAUCAGUACUUCUAUUCAGUCACCUCAACAGUAAAAAAAAAAAAAAAAAGCCACCUUCUCUCCUGUCAGAGGGAAGAGACAAGUGAAGUUCCCAAGAAGCCACCUUCCUCCAGCCCAUCCUUCUUCCUGUCAGAGGGAAAAGACAGGCGAAAUUCCCAAGAAGCCACCUCUUCCUCCAGCCCAUCCUUGCUCCACUCCCGCGUCAAAAAAUGUCAUCGCCGCUAGUACUCGAACCAGCGCCACUUCUCCAUCAGACGUACAAGUUAACCAACGAACUAAAGCGCUUUGUUAUUACUAAAAGCGCAGCGCGCCCUAUUUAUUCACUCUGACUCGCCUCAACAGCAAUGCGCAAAGUGGGCUCUCGGACAACUCGCGGCCCACCUCACCGCCUGUCCAACUCGCGGACGAUCUCCAAGGCCCACCUCGCGCACAACUUCGUCCGCUCCCAAGCUCGAGGCACAAGCAUCGCGCGCAAGCCCAACUCGCGGCCCAACCCGCGCAGCGUCUUCCCACGGCCCGCGACUCGCGCAAGCCCAACUCGCGUCCGGCCCGCGCCUGUCCAACUCGCGGACGAUCUCCAAGGCCCACCUCGCGCACAACUUCGCCCGCUCCCAAGCUCGCCGCACAAGCAUCGCGCGCAAGCCCAACCCGCGCAUCGUCUUCCCACGGCCCGCGACGCGCGCAAGCCCAACUCGCGGCCCAACUCCCGCGGGCAUUCAACUGAUCAGCACUCUUCAAAAAAAUGUCGUCGCAGCAAGGACUCGAACUCGCGCCACUCCUCCAACAGGCACAAGCAUCGCGCGCAAGCCCAACUCGCGGCCCAACCCGCGCAGCGUCUUCCCAUGGCCCGCGACUCGCGCAAGCCCAACUCGCGGACGAUCUCCAAGGCCCACCUCGCGCACAACUUCGCCCGCUCCCAAGCUCGCCGCACAAGCAUCGCGCGCAAGCCCAACCCGCGCAUCGUCUUCCCACGGCCCGCGACGCGCGCAAGCCCAACUCGCGGCCCAACUUGCGCGGGCAUUCAACUGAUCAGCACUCUUCAAAAAAAUGUCGUCGCAGCAAGGACUCGAACUCGCGCCACUCCUCCAACAGGCAAGCAUCCUUACCAGCAGGCUACAAGCAAGCCUUGUGCUUCAAUGGUGCAAUGACUGCAUUUGAACUACAUCGCCGCACCACCCUACAGCCCAUGCUUGCGGCCCACCGCCGCCUCAACACUCGCGGCCUACUCGCGUCACGCGUACCCGCCUCAAAAAAUGUCCUCGCCGCGGGGACUCGAACUCGCGCCAUUUGUGGCCAAACAAGCAACAUCACCAGCAGGCUACAUGCAAGCUUUGUGAUCCUUAGGCGCAGUACUCUCAUUUUAACGAUAUUCGGCGCACACCCACCAACUCGCGUCAAAAAAUGUUGUCGCCGCGAGGACUCGAACCCGCGCCAUCACUCCAUCUCACAAGCGCUAUUACCAAUAGGCUACAUACAAGCCUUCUGCUUCAAUGGCGCAGCGUCUGCCUUUUAACAACACUUCGCGCCGCUUCGCCAACAUAAAGCUAAGUACUCUAUCCCUAUUUCAUUAUUAAAUUUUUAAAUCUCAACGAAGCACACAAAUAAGACUUCAAUAAGAGCAUCGAAGACUCCAAACUGAGGGUUAAAACCCCCGACGAGGAGAGCUCCAAACUGAGGGUUAAAAACCCCGACGAGGAGCUACAAAUAAGUCUCAACGAAGCACACAAAUAAGACUUCAAUAAGAGCAUCGAAGACUCCAAACUGAGGGUUAAAAACCCCGACGAGGAGAGCUCCAAACUGAGGGUUAAAAACCCCGACGAGGAGCUACAAAUAAGUCUCAACGAAGCACACAAAUAAGACUUCAAUAAGAGCAUCGAAGACUCCAAACUGAGGGUUAAAAACCCCGACGAGGAGAGCUCCAAACUGAGGGUUAAAAACCCCGACGAGGAGCUACAAAUAAGUCUCAACGAAGCACACAAAUAAGACUUCAAUAAGAGCAUCGAAGACUCCAAACUGAGGCUUAAAAACCCCGACGAGGAGAACUCCAAACUGAGGGUUAAAAAAAAACCCGACGAGGAAAGCUCCAUGAAGAAUCUACAAUGAGUGAAGGCUACACGCCUUAAUGAAAUACACCAACUGGGGGGCAAGACGCAAGAAGCUGGCACCGCGUCAGUCAAACGCGCCACCAGCUGGGGGGCAACUAGGGUACAUAGGGCUCCACCCAAAAUUACCGACGAAGAUUUUUUAAAAAAAGUAAUAAGCUAGCGAUGAGUUAAGACUCACCACCAGCUUGGGGGGCAAUUGUUGGGGGUGUUACUAAAUACUCCACGCGCGGACUAAAUAAGGGCGCGCUCAAUCGGUAACGUGCUCCGGACGAACGCCACUACGAAGUAUUUAAAGGCAUGAAACUCCUCAUUGAGGGGGACUUCUCCUCUCUCCUCACUUUUCCACUUUCUACUAUCUCUCUACACUUUAUCUCUCUAUCUAUUCUCUCAACUCUCUCCACAAACUUACACUAACUUGAUCGUCGGAGCUUAAUCCGGGGGGCAACCCCGGCACUUUUCACAGGUUUCUUCCCUCCCGACGAGAUCAGACGAACGGAUCAUGAGUCAACCCCACACCAACAAUCAUUUUUGUUCAUACCUCGAGCUAGUAGGUUCAAACAAAAACCUUAUUAAUUUCCAGUGUCAGAUUUAACUUAAAAAUAAACGAAAAUGAGAGUUAUUAGCAUGGUGCUAACCCCUAUAGAGUUAACACUAGAACUCAUCCCCCAACUUACCAAUAAUUAUCAAUAAUUACAAUGGUUAUAUCAUUAUCAAUAAUUACAUACGUGCUUUGCAGAUACUUACAGCAUCCAGCCACGAAGAUCAGAGAUACUUUAGUCUCACUCAACAAUUCACAUCACUCAUAAACAGGAACUAGGAGGUGAAAAUCUCUCAUACUUAUAGGGAAUGCAAUAAGGCAGCCGAUUUCUU